UUACACUUCACUAGGAAAAAAAUAUAGUAAUCCUGAAGAGAUUUUAAUGAAAAUUAUUUUUUGAAAAGUUAAUAAUCAUAAAUAGUUGCACAUUUUUUCACGCUUUGUGUCCGGUCAAUAAAUUCUGAAAUUGAACAGGAAGUUUGCAUUGCAAUAUACUAUUUUCCCAACAAGUUUGAGUUUAUAGAAAAUGAAAAAAGUUGCUCGCUUGCGAAUUGCUCAGCAGGAUGAUGCUACCAGUAUUGCGAGUUCCGAAAAUAUGGCUGUGCGUACAACAGGACGUAUAAAAAAACCUAAAGCCGUCUUUGAUCCUUCUGACAAUUACUUGCCACGUUCACAACGUGUUAAUAUUGCAGCCACACAUUCAGGCAGUACGGUCCCCGCAGCAACGGGAAUAUCUAUACUUAUUGAUCGGAAACGGGACACACCAAUUUUACAAAAUCAAGAUACACCGCAAAAUAAACGUCUUUCGCAAUCCUCAAUAACUUCGAUCGGCACAUCAGGUUCUGUUGGUGAAAUCGCGUCCACAGAAAUUGUAUGUGAAGUUUGCCAAAAACGCGAAGCUAAGCGUGGUACUCACGCCAGGAAUAAAUUGAUAUCUUGUUUGGAAUGCGAACGAAGAGUACAUAAAUUAUGCCUACAGGUAGAUUUUGAAGAUAUUGAUAUUUUACGUCAGAACUACAAGUGCGAAAAUUGCCGUACAUGCGACGUAUGUGACGCUUUUAAUGACUGCGAACCAAAAAUUAACCAACCAAUGGUGACGUGUUCUAAAUGCGUUAAAUCAUAUCAUCUGACCUGCCACAUACCCAAUGUGUUUAAAUACCAACAGACUUUUCGAUGGAAAUGCAACAAAUGCCAACCAUGUAUAAAUAAUGGAGGUUCUGCUUUACCAGUGAAAACAAUACGGGAAAUCAUUGGUGAUGAUUCACAUCGCUCAAAUCGAACCCAAUUUCUACAGCAAAACAUAAACAUUGCAGAAGCUGCAGCCGAAGCGAAAAGUGCUGCUAGCAAACAGUCAACACAGGAUUUGCAAGUAGGUAACGACAAUGCACAAAAGCAAGGCAAGGGUGGUAUAGAAAGCGAUGGUAGUUGUCUAGAAAGCGGGGGUAGUAGUACUACAAGUACCAGUAGCACGACCAGUAGCAACACAACCAGUUUAAGUGGCGAUGUAAAGAUUGGCGGAGCUGCCGCAACAAAGAGACCAAAAACAAAUCACGAUGAGACAAUAAAUAGCAAUACACCGGUUAUACGAUAUAGCCCUUAUGAGCCAAUAGAUGUGCCCGAUGUAAAAGAUUGGAAUGCUGAUCAAGUCGCUACCUAUUUUGCCAAGUACUUUCCUAACGAGGCUCACGUUUUUAAGGAACAUGAAAUCGACGGAACUUCACUGUUGUUGCUUAAGCGCAGUGAUGUUAUUAAAAAGUUGCCAAUUAAAUUGGGUCCUUCACUGCGUAUUUACAGUUUAAUAUUAAAAAUACAGACACAGUUAAAUGAUCCAACACUUGGUUGGAAUUGUGGACUUUAAAGCUAACUAGUACCAGUGAAUGUUACAAACACAUAUUUUAUCAUCAUAUUAUGUAUUAGGUUAUUUGAAUUCGGUUCCGCUUCCAACUUGAAGAACUUGUUUAGUUUUUUCUUUAAUUUAAUUUUUUUUUAUUGUUUACCAAUUUUGAAAUUUCUUUAGCAAUAUUUAUUCAUGCGAAGCGUUUAAGCACUGUUGAGAGUUAUAUAUGUACAUACGUGCUCACAAUACGCAGUAUGGAAAUGUGUAUUUACAUAUAUAAAAGUUCGCACCACGUACUGACCCAUUGCAGUAUACAUAUGUAUAUUGGUAGCGAAAUAUGAAUUUGUAAUAUUUUUCAAUAUCGAAUAAAAAAUACUGUUCUUUUAACAGUUUUGAGUUAAUUAAUUUAAUGAAUAUUUCAAUAAUUCACUAUAUACAGUUAAUAUCGUACAGAGUAAUUUAUUGGCAAAUAAUAUAAAAUAUCGGAACCCAUUUUUUUUAACUCUUUCAAGUAACAAACGUUUUGCAAUUUUAAUAUCAUACUUAUUUACAGAUAAAAAUAAUAAUUACUACAUAAUGAAAACUCUUUUGGGCGUUUAAAUAUAUAUUUUAAUAUUUAUAUUUAUAUAUGGGCAUAAAUGUAUAUGCUUACAACUAAAUAGUUUUUGUGAGAUUAAGUAAAUUGCGUUCAAUAUGAAAUAACUAACUAAAAUCAUUUUUAAGUUCGCAGUCGGUUUCCUUUAUAAAUUACUUAAGUUGCAUAACUGACGUUCAAACGUUUUAAUUAAAAUUAAAACAAUUAUGGUAAUUACAUUUCGAAUACUGUAAAUCAAUUGCUAAAUUGAUUUUAGUUUAAAAUAUCCAGUGUUUUAAACUCUGGGCAGGAGUUUUUCCUCAUCCUCUAGUUGCGUUGGAUUCUUUUGUGCUGCGCUCAUUGUCUGCUUUGCGUUUCCAGUUGACUUCUUGGGAUCGUAUCCAUAUAAAAAUAUGGAAGCAAUAACUAAUCCCGCACCAAUUGCAAAACGUAUAGUCAAGUUGAAGUCGAAUAAAUAAAUAGAUGCUACACAUGAAACGACUAUAGCUAAGGAGGUAGCAAAUCCUUUUAAUAUGUUAUCAGCAUAUUUUACCACGACUGCUACUAUAAGUCCUCCACCCGCCUGCAGAAGUAUCAAAUACCAAAUGAACAAGUCAUAACCAUGGAAGAAACCGGCGCUUGCGAUUUGAUGUCCAUCGUUAAUGAAACAAGUCAGCAUACCAAAUGGUAUACUGAGCAAACUAAGUUGUACGUUACGCAUCCAUACGGAUAUAUCGGCGCCUUUCAGGAUUUUUUCAAAAUAUAUUCCAGCGAAACCAGACAGAAAACAAGCUCCUAGUGCUGCCCACAAUCCGAGCAUCCGAUUUUGCUCCGGUCCUGUUGAUGGUGCACUUCCUGCACUAUCAUCCACAGUUUGCGCUAAUUGCACCAUUACAACGCCAGCAAUAAGCAGCAAUAAUGCACCCCACUGUGUGUUGAUAAGGCGGCGUCUCAGUAUGAAUACAGCAAACAUGGCGGUUGUCAGUAUCUUCAAUUGAUAGGUCACUUGAUAAGUGGCUGCAUCCAAAUGUGAAGCGGACACAUAUAGUAAAUUAUUUUGCACAAUAUAAACUAGUGAAGGAACGCACACUUUGAGUGUAUCCACAGGAUUCGCAAUAAUAGUUUUGUGCAGCGUACGUACAAAUUUCUGUGCGUCUUUACCCUCUUCAUUGAACACCAAAAUCAAACAGGUGACUAGUUUAACUAUCUCCGACAUAAGCACAGCUAAAAAAAUAAAAAUUGAAUUCAAUAAUACUGUAUUAAAUGUACAAUAGUCAAACAGUCAAAAGCAAGGACAAAUAUUUACUAUUAGGUGUUAAAAUUUCCAUUUAUAGCCUUUAUUAUAAACCUCAAUAUUUACUAUUAGUGCUUUACAUUUGACUGUUUUAUAGAUAAAUAGAAUAAAUAUUCUGUAUAUCAACCAAAUUGUUAUAAAUAGAUAUAUCUAUUUAGUACAGCAUUUGUAAUAUGGAAAAAGUGCUUAAAUUGGGUUUAUGCUAUGAUUGUGUUUUUAUCUCCACCUUCACUUUCUGAUUAGAAAACCGGAAAUAUUUCUUAUCUUACAAGAGAAGUGUUUGCUUAUAUUAUAAAUUUAAAUAAGUCCAAUCAUAUAUGAAUGUAUGUAAGUAUAUAUACAUGCAAAUAUAUAAGUAUAUUUCCAGGUAGGUUAGCGACUAUGUAUGUGUUUAUUUAAGAUUUACGAAUGAUAAUUGUACAAAAACUGUUCCGAAUUUGAUUAACAGUAUUUUUCAUUGAAUAAAAUUACACACCUGUAGAACUGACGAAAAUGUCUCCCGGUCGGGUACGUGCAUAUCGCAUACUAAGUCCUAGUAUUGCAUUUUGCAAUGUUAGCGUUAUUAAACUUAUGUACUUCAAAGUGUUGGCGUUUACUAAAAAUUGUAGGUAUAUUUGUUUAAUAUGAAGAAUAAAACGGAUAUUUAUUGUGUCAUACUAA